GGCCAUGCGGUCCUCAGCAGCAGGAGGAGCCAGCCUCACCUCCUCGGGACAGUUGACGGUUGCUGCCCUGGCCGGCCGGUUCCCAAUGGAGGACGGAGGCUCCCCCGAGAGCCCAGCUGUGUGGACUGCCUCCGAGCCCAGCGAGUCCCUGUCCUCGGCCCACAGACACCUGAGCAGAAGGAAUGGGCUUUCGAAGCUCUGCCAGAGCAGGAUGGGCCUCUCUGAAGACAGAUGGAAUUCCUACUGUUUGUCGUCACUGGCCGCCCAGAACAUCUGCACCAGCAAACUGCACUGCCUGGUGCCACCGGAGCCGCCGGAACUGCCCCGGUCCCUGGGCAGCGCGUCCUGCUGCUCUCUGCUGCGGGGCUUGUCCUCAGGGUUGUCCACGCCCCUGCUCCCCACCCCCGUGUGCAACCCGAACAAGGCCGUGUUCACUGUGGACGCCAAGACCACAGAGAUCCUGGUUGCCAACGACAAGGCUUGCCAGCUCCUGGGGCACAGCAGCCAUGACCUGAUCGGCCAGAAGCUCAUGCAGUUCUUCCUGAAGCCCGAUUCCGACGUGGUGAAGGCCCUCAGUGAAGAGCACGUGGAGGCCGACGGCCGUGCCGCUGUCGUGUUCGGCACAGUAGUAGACGUGGUGAGCCGCAGCGGGGAGAAGAUCCCCGUUUCUGUGUGGAUGAAGAAGGUGAAGCAGGAGCAUAGCUUGUGCCGUGUGGUCGUGCUGGAGCCUGUGGAGCGGGUGUCCGCCUGGGUCGCUUUCCAGGGCGAUGGAACCAUAACAUCCUGUGACAGCCUGUUUGCUCUCCUGCAUGGGUACGCAUCUGGGGAGGAGAUGCUCGGGCAGCACAUCGCAGACCUGAUCCCUUCUGUGCAGCUCCCCCCCCGCGGCGAGCCUGUUCCACAGAAUCUCAAGAUUCAGAGGUCUGUUGGGAGAGCCAAGGAUGGUACCACUUUCCCUCUGAGCUUAAAACUGAAAUCUGAGUCCAGUAGCGAGAUGGUGGAAGACAGCAGUGCAGUCCCCGAGCUGGGUUACUCGGCAUCCAUCUGGGUAUUCUCCACCAUCAGCGGCCUCAUCACCCUCCUGCCCGACGGGACCAUCUACGGCAUCAACCACAGCUUUGCACUGAUGCUGUUCGGUUACGGGAAGACGGAGCUUCUGGGCAAGAACAUCACUUUCCUGAUUCCCGGCUUCUACCACUACAUGGGCCUUGCGUGUGACACUUCUUUACCGCUGCCAGACCUGGCCAACUGCUUGGAUAUCGGCAACCAGAGUGAGCCUGGGGAGACAAGCGUGGGCCCCUGGCAGGGCCGGAACCCAGCCGGCGUGGCCACGGAUCCAAGGGCUAACGGCGCGCUUGUUGGAGACCACGUUCUUCCACGAGGGGAGACCCGAGAGCCAGUGGGAAGCCAAGAAGCCUUCGCUGGGACCCAGGCCCAAGCAGACCCUGGAGGCGGCCUCUCUUCCUCCCUCCCGCGUCUGCCCACUCCAGGAGUGGACAACAUCCCGGAGGGAAGCGCACCAGCCCAUAGCCAACAGUCAUCAGCCGAUGACCAGCCGAAUGCUCUCUUGGAGAAAGAGGAACCUGCAGCCCCAGAAAGCCUCAGACAGGACCUUGUAGGAAGAAGCGGGUCUCACCCAGUGCACACAUGGAUGUCUGCCUCCCGUGAAGGAUCUGAGGAUAGGAGCAGGCAUGCUGAAAUGUGUAGCCUGUAUGAGGCACAGUUGGAGUGGACAAGCUUGAGCAGUGCCCGCAAUUCGAACCAUCGGGCUGAUACCAUCAUGCCCGAGCCCCAUGCCACAGGCCAGCUGGCAGGGGAGGGUCUCCUGAUGCCCUGCCCUGGAUAUGGGGGUGAGCAGAGCACGCAGUCAGGAAGCCCCCCCAGGACAGCACAACUCCCGUUUUUGAUGCCUACUCUGGAUGAGCCGUGGGUGGCCGUGGAGAAUGACCGCGAGGAGCUACAGACUUGCUUAAUUAAGGAGCAGCUGUCCAAGUUGAGCCUCGUGGAACCACUGGGUGUCUCUUACAGCAAGCUGGCCCCAGAAGAGCGCCCCCAAUUCUCUGCCCCUGUGUCCUUGUGCGACCCAGGAAGCAGGGCCCUGUGCAGCCGAGCAGGCAGCUCCUCGGCCUACUAUGCUCUGGCCACAGACCUCCCUGGUGUGCUGGAUGCAGCGCCAGCCCAGGAGGCUGAUGGGAAUUCAUUUUCCUGGAACCUCAAGGAACUCUUUUACAAUGAAUGGACAGAUCGAACUUCCUCCAGCUGUUCCGGCACUGCGUCUGAGCUUGUGGGGACGCCGUCUCCUUCACCGGCAGGCUCUGAUGUAGACAUGAGUGGUCUGCACCGGCGGAGAUCAGAUGUUCUGGAUGACCGAGAAUUGUUGCUCCUGACCGGCACUUACUUCGAUCUUGGGGAGGCUCGGCAGUUUUGCGAGAGCCGUCUGGGGCCCCAUCAAGUAGAGCCCUCCGAGACGUGUCUGGUGUCCUCAGAACACUAUGAAGUGAGUGGCAGAGAGAGCCCAGCCUGUGUCCUUCCCACGCCGGGGGCUGGCCCCGCAGAUGUGUGCCCAUCAGAGGAGCCCAGGUUGAGUUUCCAGGUCACCUCCACACCUGUGAGAGGGGACAGCCCGGCAACAUCUGGGGGUACCCGCGUGCAGCAGGAGAUCCAGGAGGGGACCUACGCCGGCAGCUGCUACCACCGGGAUGGAGCCCAGCUGAGUGUGCAGUUUGAGGUGAAGCGGGUGGAGCUCCAAGGCUCCGCAACCCUGUUCUGCUGCUGGCUCAUGAAGGACCUGCUGCACAGCCGCCGGGACUCGGCCACGCGGACCCGUCUGCUCCUGGCCAGCCUGCCCAGCUCCAGCCACUCCGUGUGCGAGCUUUCUGAACCCAGCAUGGGGGAGAUGCUCAGAAGCAAGCCCUGGUUCGAGGAGCCCCCCAGGGCUGUGGAGCUGGAGGGGCCGGCAGCCUGUGAGGGCGCAUACUCCCGCAAGUACAGCACGCUGAGCCCCCUGGGCAGUGGGGCCUUUGGCUUCGUCUGGACUGCAGUGGACAAGGAAGCCAACAAGGAGGUGGUGGUAAAGUUUAUUAAGAAGGAGAAGGUUUUGGAAGAUUGUUGGAUCGAGGAUCCCAAACUUGGAAAAGUUACUUUAGAGAUUGCAAUUCUGUCCAGGGUGGACCACGCCAAUAUCAUCAAGGUGUUGGACGUAUUUGAAAACCAAGGGUUCUUUCAGCUUGUGAUGGAGAAGCACGGCUCCGGCCUGGACCUGUUUGCAUUCAUUGACCGCCACCCCAGCCUUGACGAGCCCCUGGCAAGUUACAUCUUCCGACAACUGGUGACGGCGGUGGGGUACCUGCGCUCGAAGAGCAUCAUUCACCGCGACAUCAAAGACGAGAACAUUGUGAUCGCGGAGGACUUUACCAUCAAGCUGAUCGACUUCGGCUCCGCUGCCUACUUGGAGAAGGGCAGGCUGUUUCAUACGUUUUGUGGGACUAUUGAGUACUGCGCACCCGAAGUCCUCAUGGGAAACCCGUACAAGGGGCCGGAGCUGGAGAUGUGGUCGCUGGGGGUCACGCUCUACACGCUGAUCUUUGAGGAGAACCCUUUCUGCGAGCUGGAGGAGACCAUGGAGGCCAUGAUCCACCCCCCAUACCUGGUGUCAGAAGAUCUCAUGAACCUCAUGUCUGGGCUGCUGCAGCCUGUGCCCGAGCAGCGCACCACCCUGGAGAAGCUGGCGACAGACCCCUGGGUGACACAGCCCGUGAAUCUUGCUAACUACACCUGGGAUGAGGUGUGUCGCAUGAACAAGCCAGAAAGUGGAGCUCUGUCCGGUGUGAGCCUGGAGGCCGAGAGCAGGUGCGCCAGGGAAGUGGCGUGGGGUCUGGAGCCCUGCGGGGCCCUGUGCCCCAGGGGAGGCCCCUGAUGCGCCAACUCCAGCUCCCUGCUGCUCCCUCAGGAGCAGGUUGUUUUCAGGCCCCCUCCAGUCAGAGAAAGUAAAUUCUCAAGCAUUAGGCCCAAUUCACCUUCUAAAAACUCCUCUGCAAGUUUGAGAAAUGCUAGAACAAAAGCCAGUGGUGCUACAGAUUUUAGGGUUAUAAAUAGACUUGGAAUUCAUUUUUCACAUGACCUUGGAUAAGCAUGCUAGCGUUUGGUUGAAUUUUGUGCCAUGAAAGGGCUUUAAUCUUUCUGAUGUUGUAUAUAUGCAUGUGUUUGUUUCCUCUGACUUGACAUGUGCUCAUCUGAUGUGUGGAGUUGGUAGAACUGGUUAUCAGAGACCAGACUAUUUCAUUAACUUAUUUUUUUGAACAUUUCCAAAUUAAAGCAAUUUUGUAGUGAGCCAUGAUCCGGA